CUGGUAUAUGGAUUACUUUGAAUUAUAUUAACAUUUCACGUGUUAUGUAAUAACUAUAUGUAUUGCCACGGGUAAAGGCAGUCCGCAGACAUGUUUAAGAAAAAGAUAAAACAUAAAAAAUCAGACAAUAUUGAUUCCAUCAAAAUACCGUGGGAAAAGGAAUCAAAAUAUGCAGUCAUUGCCAAUAUACUGGAACCAGAUAUCAUCAGACGUCUUGAACCCAAACAAGUUCUGCCUUACAUGCCUUCUAUCGAUCCCACAUGCAGCGAAAAGAUUAAGAAAAUAGGCGAGAUUGACAGAACUGUAGCCUCGAGAUUACUGCUAGACGCCAUUAAAAAGUCACCUGAUAGAGGUAUAUGGCGGGAAUUCAUGACAGCUUUGGAAAGAACCAAAUAUAUUGCACUGCGAUUAAAACUUCAUGGAGACCAAAUUCACGAUGACGCCUUGGAAAGACGGUAUAUUGAGAUUAUGACGCCCCAACUCAGACAAAUCAUAAAUCCAUGUGAAAUUACCCCCGGGCUUCUCUCUGUUGACGUUCUUAUUCAAGAAGAUAUAGAGGAUAUUAAUUGUGAGGCAAACAACCGUGGUUCGAUAGCGGCAACAGAUUUGUUAUUGAAAAGGGUAUCUGGGAAGCACCCAUCAUGGUACUCUGAAUUUGUGACAGCUCUUUUCAAAAGUGGAAUGAGUAAUGCAGGAAAACUUCUACUUGAAGGUGUAAUGCAAGGCCCUGUAAAAUCAAAGUAUUCAAAAUCGCUUCUGACACAAACAACCGAUAUUAAACAAGGAGAGAUGGAAACACACCCGUUAUCCGAAUCUGGAAAAGAGAGAAUUUCUACUUCAGGUAGCAGCCGAAUGAAGCAACGGCCUUCAGCUCCCAGUUUAACAACUGCUGGCGAACUACCAAGUGAAUAUGGUAACAGCAAAAAGCAGCAACGGCCUCAUUCUUCAGUUUCCAAGCUCACAAUUUCUGACAAACAACCAAACACACACGAAGAAAAUUAUUACCUGACACGAACUGUACAAACACGAGAAUGUGAAGAAUAUGCUUACGACGAGGUUCAGGACGAUGAAAGCUCCGAAGACAGGGAGGACAUUCCCGACACAGAAGACAAGUAUUACCUGACACCAAUCGUACAAAAGCGAGAAUGUGAAGAAUAUGCUAACGACGAGGUUCCGGGCGAAAAAAAACCAGAAAACACGGAGGAUAACCCCGUCACAGCAAAUUCGAAUUAUGCGUACCUUGGCAUGAAUGGAAAUUUGUAUGAGUCACUAUUGCCAGAGGUGCCACCUCGAGUUCCAAGGCGUAUUUCAAAGGAAAUAGCUGUGUCAAUGCCUAUUCAGAAAGGGACCGAAAAUAAAGUACCUGACACAGACCUGAAUGUUGAAAAAGAAACCAUGUACGUUUAUUCUGUAGAAAACAAUGAAACUAUCAGCCAUCGAUCCUUUCAAAAAGGGGAAAUGAUUCGUGUCAUAAAACCCAAAUAUGGCGAAGAAGACGAGGAAUACUAUCGGAGUGCUGAUGAGGAAGGGCAACUUAUUCCUAAGAUUUGUGUUGAAGUCAUUGAGGUAACAAAGCGAAAAAGUCAAAGUACAAGGACAUCAACUUCAUUGGAUGUUGGCUCCACUUCAACAGACACUCAGACUCCUGAGAAUAUGCUGAUGAUGUUGAAUGAUGUCUUGAGUUAUCUUCUGAAGAAACAUACCGUAGACCACAAAUUAGAGCAACAAGAGAAUGUCCUCAAGGAGCAAAGUGAUCAACGCAAAGAGUCUAUGAUGGAACAUUUGCCCAUACCAGAAGACGACGAUGAAGAUGACCUUGAAAACGUAACUUCAUUAUGCUGAUCAAACCAGGACUUUUAUGUAAUCAACUGAAACAACAACUGUCUGUGUAUAUGUUCUAGCUUUUGUCAUCGUCCACCUUCAUCUGUAAUUUCCAUUAAACAAUUAAGAUAAGUGCUACUUAAUUCCAAUAGCGAGUAAUACUGGUGGAAACGACAAUUAAAGGUGAAAUCCGGAAGUACUUUUGAAGCGGUAAAUAUUCUUCAAAAAUAGAAGACUUGAGCUCGAACUUAUCUAAGAGCGUAUAGACAUAGGCUCAUGAAAAGAUUUUACGAUAGCGUGUAAAUUAUGUGAAACACUUUACUGGACGAUACCUUAGAUGCACCAGAAACCUUUUUGCAACAAACCGCAUAACCGACCAGUUGUAAACCUUCACCGUUGAUACGACAAACACUCUAAUCGUUUCUAUCUUUAGAUAAUGAGCCGAGUCCAAAUUAAGAUUAUUCCUUUCUAUCUUUCUAUUCUGUUCAUUUUUAACAUCACUUAUGUAGUUUACAUUUCAUUUUCAAACAUACCAAACUACUCCAUUUCCAUUUGGAGUGAACACCGCGUGUUGGCCUUUAUUUAUUAACUCUUAUUUGAAUAUGCCUAGUAAGAUAUGUGAUUAAGAUAACCAUGGUAUAUUCCUAAGCUUUCAUUAUCGUGUUUUGGUUUAUCUAAAGAUGGUUGUUUUCCUCAUGCCUCGAUCAACGCAUGUUGUAAAUAGGCUAUGAUUUAUUUUUGAGUUGCCUUUAGGCAAACUCUCUGGAGUCAUGUUUGAUACCAUAUUUCAGAGUUACACUAUUUUUCGCGGACCCCUUGAUUCAGGUAGAAUGCCGCGCUGAAAGAAGUUCCAUAUCUAUCAUGUUUUCCACAUGCAUAGUUCAAUUAUUAUGUGUGAUGUGUCUUAAUAAAUCAUUUAUUGUGCGAGUCUGAAACUCGAUUAUUUGCAUUUUGGUCAAAUGAAGGUAUU